AAACACGGUGCUCGCAGAAUUCAGAAGAGGGGCCCCAUUAAUUAAAAUAUGUGUGGUGAUAACGAAACUUGAUGACUUAUACGUGUUGGAAGUUAGAAGGUGCAAUUCAACAGGACGUCGUACAAAGCAGAAAAUGUUGGAGGCCUUUAAGUCUUAUAACUAAACCAAAACAAAACAACAAAAAAAAAAACAAAACAAAAAAAAACUGCAAAAUAGCGGGUCAAUCGUCCACAACAAGAGUGGAGAGCAAUUAAAAAAUCAAUCACCAUUCUAAUUGAAAGCUGGGGCGACACUGACAGUGGCAGAGGCAGGGCUGCACAAUAUGUCACCCCCAAAGAACUGUGCCGUGUGCGGUGACAAGGCGUUAGGCUACAAUUUCAAUGCCGUUACUUGCGAGAGCUGCAAGGCAUUCUUUCGUCGCAAUGCACUGGCCAAAAAGCAGUUCACCUGCCCCUUCAAUCAAAACUGUGAGAUUACCGUGGUGACCCGCCGUUUCUGCCAGAAGUGCCGCCUGAAAAAAUGCCUCGACAUUGGCAUGAAGAGCGAGAACAUCAUGUCCGAGGAGGAUAAAAUGAUCAAACGUCGCAAAAUCGAAAAUAAUCGUGCCAAGCGACGAAUGAUGGAGCAUGGCGGCGACGAUGCCGAUCCGGAUGGGGAUGCGGAUGGGGAUGAUAGUAAGGUAGCGGGUGCUGUCGCCGAUAGCAGCUGUAAUCUGGACACAUAUAACGGCUCACAGGAUUCACACAGCUGCGGCUCACCGGACAGUGGGGCAAAUAUCGGUGGAAUUGCAAUCGGAGCAACGAGUUCAACAACCACAAAUCGACCUUCAACGACGAAUCGUUUGGCUGAAAUGAAUCCGCUACUGAUGACUGCGGAUAAGAUUGUUGAUGAGAUCGUUGCGGAUCCGGAUCGCGCUUGUCAGGCCAUCAAUCGGCUGAUGCGCACUCAGAAGGAGUCCAUUUCGGUGAUGGAGAAGGUAAUUAGUUCACAAAAGGAUGCCCUAAAGCUAGUGUCACAUCUGAUUGACUAUCCAGGUGACGCUCUCAAGAUCAUCAGCAAGAUUAUGAACUCGCCAUUUAACGCUUUAACAGUAUUUACCAAAUUUAUGAGCUCGCCAACGGAUGGCCUGGAGAUCAUCUCAAAGAUUGUUGAUUCGCCUAAGGAUGUGGUCGAGUUUAUGCAGAAUCUGAUGAGAUCUCCAGAGAAUGCGAUCGAUAUAAUGAACAAAUUUAUGAACACACCUGCCGAGGCACUCAAAAUGCUAAAUCGCAUCUUCAAUGGUACCAAUCGACCGAACGAGUCUUCCGAAGAGGAGUCUCCAAUCGGAAAUCAGUGCGAGAAGCGAGAGACGCAAAAUAUACGCGUGGACACCGUCAUACAAACAAUGUUGCAUGGCAGUCCAACGGGUAGCAGCAUUAGCACGGGAGAGACAGCGUUGACCUCGCCGCCCAGCAGUAUUGCGAGUCCUGCAAACAGUGUUCCAAUCGAUUUGCAUUAUCAGUCGCCGCGAACAGAAAACGAGCUGCCCACCACAUCGGGCAGUCACAGCUUGCCCAAGUAUCUACCCAAUGCUCCAGAGUUUUUAUUAAAGGAUUUUAUGCAUAGCUAUGCCGAUGCAGAUGAGCUCAGUAUGGAUGGCAGCCUGAGCAUCAAUUCCAUAGAGUCUGUGCUCUCCGAGGUGAUCCGUUUGGAGUAUCAGGCAUUCAACAGCUUGCAGACGCCCCCAACUCGCAUCAAAGAUGAAAUGUAUCAUGCUGCUAGCGGCAUGCCCGCAACCUAUAUGGGCAACAAUCCGGAGUACGGUGGCUGCAAAUCUGCAUCAGCCCGACAACAGCAGCAGCAACAGCAGCAGCAGCAUCUGCAACAUCAGCAACCCAUUUGUGCCCCAUCGAGCGUAUUUAUGGAGCGCGACCUCAACGAGGCCGAGCAGAUGAAGCUGCGCGAAUUGCGGCUGGCCAGUGAGGCUCUCUACGAUCCCGUCGACGAAGAUCUCAGUGCAUUGAUGAUGAACGAUGAACGCAUUAAGCCGGAUGAUGCGAGGCAAAGUCCACAGCUUUUACAGCUCAUCAAUUUGACGGCGGUGGCGAUUAAGCGUCUAAUUAAGAUGGCCAAGAAAAUUAGUGCAUUCCGUGACAUGUGCCAAGAGGAUCAGGUCGCAUUGCUCAAAGGUGGCUGCACCGAAAUGAUGAUAAUGCGAUCCGUAAUGAUCUAUGACACAGAUCGUGCCGCUUGGAAGGUACCGCAUACCAAAGAGAAUAUGUUCAGCAUACGCAGCGAACUGCUUAAGUUUGCCAAGGGCAAUGUCUAUGAGGAGCAUCUGAAGUUCGUGACGACCUUCGAUGAGAAAUGGCGCAUGGAUGAGAAUAUUAUACUCAUAAUGUGUGCCAUUGUGCUUUUUACACCGAACCGAGCGCGUCUCAUACACAAAGAUGCCAUUCGGUUGGACCAGAAUUCCUAUUAUUAUCUUCUGCGAAGAUAUCUGGAGAGCGUUUAUCCUGGCUGUGAGGCCAAGAACGCCUUUAUUCGUUUGAUACAAAAGAUUUCGGAUGUGGAGCGUCUGAACAAAUUCAUCAUCAAUGUCUAUUUAAAUGUAAACCCAUCCCAGGUGGAACCUUUACUGCGUGAAAUAUUUGAUUUAAAAAAUCAUUGAAAAACGAUUUUGGGAUUGUGCAUAAAAUGCCACAUAGAAUUAAUCAAUGUGCUGCUGCUGCUGCUGCUGCUGCUGUU